CUGGAGUGUUGUGAUAAGCAGCACGUUAACAUGUUUGACCGCUGUUUGAAAAGUCGCUUAGUAGAUUGAUUUCGCAUUUGUUACAGUUAUACAAUACGUAUACUUAUUAAAACUGAUAAUUAAGGUGAAGAAUGAGUCGGGUUCUGAAUGUUUUGAGGAGUUGGCUGCUCAUGGUGUCUGUGAUCGCGAUGGGGAAUACAGUACAGAGCUUCAGAGAUCACAGCUUCUUAUCGGAGAAACUCUACACGGGCACACCUCAAUACGUAAAUGGUCUCCAGGCGAGAACGUUUGGCAUCUGGACUCUCCUGUCCUCCAUCAUCCGCUGCGCCUGUGCAAUAGACAUUCAGAACAGAACGCUUUAUCACAUCACCUUGUGGACGUUUGUACUGGCGCUCGGUCACUUCCUGUCAGAAGCGUUCAUCUAUAAAACGGCUCCUCUGACCAUUGGAGUCAUGGCCCCUCUGAUUGUAGCAAGUUUCUCUAUUGUGGGCAUGUUGAUUGGGUUGCAGUGUGUCUCUGAGAUGCAGGAAGUUAGUGGAGCUCGUCAGAAGAAGAGGAACUGACAUCCAAUGACAUUCACAGCAUUGCUGGUGAUGCUUCAGCGCUGAAGCCUUCGGGCACUGAUAAGGGUACAGGCUAUAAUCGGCGCAAAAUUCUGCUACAUAUGGAGCAUCCCGUGUCCUGAGAGCAGAACAUGAUUCUGAUUGGUCCGUUGUUUGUUAUGAGCCUCUGCUGCCAUCAACUGCUCGCCAGUCCAAAUAUAUGAGCCCAAACUACAGUCAGUUUUCAGCUUAAUGAUAUUUAAAGACAUAUUUACAACAAACAGUGAAAUCGAAAGCAAAUAAUAUUUUUUGGUUAACGGCACGCUCUGGACAUCUUGAGAUGCUUUUAAAACUAAACUGACAGCGUUCCCAUGUAUGCUGGAUAUGUGUCUGCUACAACUCAUCUCUUUUUUUUUUUUUUUAUUUUGUUAUCAAAUGUUUUUACGAUCGCUAUGACAAUUUUCCUAAACUCUUAAUGCACCACACCUACAACACACAUCACACAUUUUAAACUAAACUCCAAAACUAAUUUUCAGAAUACAAUAAUACACUAACACAAUACACUAUGUCUACCAAAACACUGCAAACAUGUCUCAAAAUCUAAUAAUUAUUCCAAAACACUAACACAUGUUCUCUUCCAACAGGCGCAUUAAGUCAAUCCUAGCACAAUGCAUUAUUUGAUGUGUGCCAGGUCUGCCCUUAUACAAUAGACGGUAUAUUGUAUUGAUCAUAGAUUGUGUUUUGCACUCGUGUUUCUUUUGAAGCCUCUACAUUUUUGUUUUGUUGAGUUUAGUUAAUGCAUUUUUCUUUUGCUGCAGAAAUUCAAUACAAAAAUGAACGACCCAUCUCAGAGUAGCUUUAUAGAAUUUGCCCACAUGUUCUCAUCCACAUCACACCUGAUAUCUUCUCUGGCAAGGCAUCUUGGGAAAAAUCAUUUGGCAUGCCUUAUCCACCCCUGGCAGUGUUCAGCUGUGAUGUCUUGGCAUGCAGCAUCCAUUGCAUCCAGGAGGGACAUUUGGUCCUGUGAAGAAACCUUCCAUCUCCAGGCUGAGAAAAACUCCUCAGUGGGGUUGAGGAAACGGGAGUAAGGGGCAAGGAAAAGGGACUUUAUCCUCGGAUGGGUGUCAAGCCAGGCUGGGACUGCACGGGAAUGCUACAUUGUCCCAUGUGAUCACAUAUAUUGGCAAGUGGUCUCCCACCUGUCCCCUUUCUACCACUGGCACCAGUCUUUCGUGAAGGUCUUCUAAAAACAGGAGAAGUAGGGGCCAAUCUCACAUUUAUGCAGAAGUGCACCGUUGUUGGAGAUUGCGGCGCACAUGGUGAUGUUGGCUCCUCUCUGGCCUGGCACGGUAACUGUGGCCCUUUUGCCAAUUACGUUUCUACCACGCUGACGCCUUUUCCCCAAAUUGAAGCCAGCCUCGUUAACUUAAUAAUUUCAUGUGGGACUUGAUUGGCCUCUAAAUCCAUGACUCUCUGAAAGUAAUCAGACAGUGUGUGAAUGCUUUACUGUAUACCUACUGUAUGUCCUACUGUGCGCCAGGUUCAUAGAGCAGUUUACUGCAAAACACACUGUGUAUAGUACAGUAAUGACUGUAUUGCAUAACCGUACAUGGACGUAUUGGUGACGGAGUUCUUUGAUGCGCUCACUGUUCCUUUCAUAAGGAACUUUAUAUAGUCGUUUCAUUUGGACUCUGUGUUUAGCUAGAGUCUGAUAUAUGGAUGUUGUGCUGAUUGCUGCAAUGUUCCCUAAGACAAGGUAGUCCUCAACAACUCUGGACUUGAUGUCCUUCAGGUUUAUUUCAUUGUAGGAGAAGCCCUACUACAAUAUCCUACCUGUUGGUUUCUCGAAAAAUCUGGACAAUGGAUGCCACUGUGUCCCGACUGAUAUUUGGCUGUACUCGUUCACCAGACUCUCUGUAUGAUAGCCCUUGGUUUAUGACAUGGUGUAUGAUAGUAGCUCUUAUUUAAUCAGUUACACUAACUCUGGCCCUUCUGUGAGCGCCAACACGCAUCCUUGCCCUUGUCCUGGUACUCGUCUUCCUCUCCCUCGUGCAGGCUUUUCCACACAAGAUCAGCCCAAAGAGGUCCUGUUUUACUGUAUACCAUAUGGUCAUGCGAUUGAAAGAACCUCAACACCUGAGUGUGUUUCCUAGAUGGGAAUCGGCUGUGGUUCAUUUGCAUAACUUCAAUCUGCCGUUUCUCAGUAGCAAUGGAAUAAAAUACAGGAGACAUGUUUGUGUUUCAAUUCACAAUAUGAGCAGCUGUUCACUUUGACUUUAGGCUGUAAGUUUAUAGGUUUAGAACAUGGUGUUAUCUGUUCUGACAUGCAGUGUGAAAGCAUUUGUUAAUUUGGCAGUUUUGGUCUUGGUUGAGCUUGUGUGUAAAAAUUUGUGUCCAAGCAACAAGAAAUGUGUUAAUUGUAUAGCCUACACAGACAGAUGUUGUGCUAACUGUGUCAAGAGUUUAGGAAAAUGGUUAAAAGUAUUGAAUAGCAAUCGUAAAAAUUUAGUAUAGAUUACUUGUCUAUUUGAAGCAGUUAAAUCAAAUGGUAGUGAAGAACAUGAGAAACAGAAAUUCAGUCCAAACUUUUAGCUGGAAUAUAUAAAUAUUAUAAAGCUUUUUGUAUUAUAGAAAAAUCAUAGAUCUUAAGUGACUCAUACUGUAUAAUUCUAAUCAAAUAAAUCUAGCAUUAGCUAAACCAUGAAUGUAUGGCUGUUUCUUCAACUUUGCAAUUUCAUGUCCCUGGUUUAAUUUUUAUGAAGGUCACAUUUAAACUGACUUUAUUUGACCAGGCCUUCGUCAUUUAUUUUUGCUAUUUUUCAGAUGUCGUUUAUGUACAGAUUGUAUCAUUGUCUCAGACCCAGACUGUCAAUUAUAAACUAUGAAAAUGUAAACUACACUAUUAUUAUUAUUAUUAUUAUUAUUAUUAUUAAUAAUAGGGUUCCUGUAGCUCCGCUGGUAGAACAUGGUGCUAGCAACACCAAGCUCAUGGGUUUAAUUCCCAGGGACACACAAACAUAUAGAAUGUAUACACUGGAUAAAUCUGUCUGCAAAACUCAUAAAUGUUAUUUUAUGUGUUUUUAUGCAAGAUAUAUAUAUAUAAAGGGGACGUUUGGUGGAGUUUGAGCUAGCGAUGAGGACAGGUAGAUGUUACACAUGCAAUUAUGAGAAUGUGACAUAAAUUGGAGGCAGAUUGAUGCCAUCUGGUGAACAAAAUACACAUGACAUGUCUUGAUAAUCAUGUGAUGCCAGUAACAGCCAGCAGAUGACUGUAGACACAUAUUGUGUAGUCUGGACUUGUUGUAACGUUAUUUUAUAUUUUAUCACAAGAUGUGCAUUUGGAUAUAUAUUUAGACAUUAUCAAACUAUUAUUUGUCAAAGUUUAACAUUAUAAAUUGAUUUGAAGUGUCAGUUUUUGCAGUUAAUGUCAUUAUGCUGCAAUCAAACCUGACCAUGAUGUUACUAAAAGACACAAAAUAAGCAUUUUUCUACCAAUCAUUUAUUUCAAACAUAAAAAUAUAAUAACUCAAAGUAAAUGCAUAAUAAUAAUAAUUUACAAAUGAAAAAAGAAAAAAGCUCUGUGAUAUAAUCUCUGACCGUGUGUGUGUGUGUGUGUGUGUGUGUGUGUGUGUCGCACUGAGGAUAUUUAUUGUAAUUUAUGUCUGUUUUUCUGCAUUGUGGCAGAUUUAUUGAUUUGAGUUAAAAAAACAAACAAAGUUACUUCUAUCAAUUAUUUUCAACAAUAAAUAAAACAUUCAAAAACGUA